GACAUGUUCAUGAAUACGCCCAAAGAUCAGUUUUAUCGUGCGGCACGAAUUCACCAAGACCCUCAAUGGAAGUUUUUAUUGAAAGCCUACACGGUUCCUAAAUACGCUAAGAUUUUUACCAACUUCAUCUUGUUUCCGGGUUCUCUAAUUGCCAGAUCUACGAAGGCUGUAGCGGAAGUGCCACAAUCGGUCUUUACUCACAAUAACCCAGAUGUACGCGAGGUGCCAUUGUCUUCAGCUUUCACUUCCGGUACCGCACGUGGGUAUGCUAAAUUGUACGGUAUUCUUGCUAACGGAGGGUCGGAUGGGAAGUAUCGCUUGUUGUCAGAAAAUGCUAUUUAUAAACUAGGGACGUCUGUAGUGUCUGGUGUGGACGCAGUUUCUGGAUUAUAUGAGUCCUAUAGCACAGGGAUGCAUAUAAUGGAGAAUCCAAAGGGACAACGAGUGUUUGGACAUCCGGGUCACGGAGGUCAGAUUGCACUGGCAGACUUGAACAAUGGUCUUGGUAUAGCAUUUCUCACUAACUACAUAACAAUCUAUGCACAAGGUGACCAUCCACGAUAUUUGGCACUUGUCCAAGAACUUUAUAAUUGUUUGGACGAUUAUUUAAAGAGCAAAUAAUAAAAGUCAAUGUAACUUGAUUUGAAACAGCGUGUGUAUAUCUUAUUAGGCAUCUGUUAACUAUUUAGAUGUUUAACCAUCGACUUCUCCACGAACAUAAUCCUCGGUCAAAUUCUUUUUGAGUUGUAUGCUCAACAAACUUUUAGGCACUUUUUAUGCAUCUUUUUGACAGAGUCAAGGGCUAAAACUAAACUCUGGUCUGACUGUGUGAAAUCCCAAUCAAGUAAAACACCUGCUGAAUGUCAGUCCUUGCGGUUUGAUGACUUUGCGUCAAAUAAUAUUUUUUAAGUUUUGCAUGACACAAAAUCGAACGUACAAGUGCAACUCAAAGUGACCCCCACCCACUCAGAAAAGAAAAAUAAAUAAAAAUAUGGGGGUAGGGCACAAUCGUUUUAAUUAAUUUGGUAAGUUAUUGGCAGGACAAAACACCAAAUAUUUUGCUGAGUGAGCAACGCGAGCAUUGCGAUAUAUAUAUACCCUUUUCCUCGUCUUGAUUGCAUGGGAACAAAAUGGACAAGAAAGGAAAUGCACUAUAGGUUACUAAUUUGAACAGCACCCACAAGGGUACAAUCGUUUGAAUGCUAUUCUGUUUUAAAAUUUUGUAUUACUUAAUAUGCUCUUUACAAAAUGUUUCUAAAAGAUGUCCAAGAUUUAAAUUUUAUCUGAAGUCAGCGAAGAUCUAAACUAAAAAGGCAAAAUCAGAAUGACUGGAAACAUUAAGAACAACAAGCACUACCUGGGCCCAUAUCUAACAUCAUUCUUAUUUGUUAUUCAAAUAUCUAAAAAAUCAAGGUACCAUUAACAGACGCGAUCAAACCGAGUCUACAAUUUAUUUUCUUUGCUGUAAAUUUUAUUUCCUUUAUAACGCAUAUAAACUGUUGAAUCUUUGUAUAUUUCUUUGUUGUCGUAUAAGCUAUAUUUAUUACAGAUUGUAUUAAGGUUGACAAAUAUAUAAGACAGAGAGGAAUUGUAGCAUUUCAUAGAUUAAGUCUAGAUUUCAGUCAAACUUAAAUUGAGGAAUAUGAACACAGUACCACAUAACUAUAUAUAGUUUGACUAUGAAUGCGAACAAAGGAAUACCUAAAAUGAACCUACUGAAAGCGGUCUCUUGAUUUUGACGAGGUGUAAUAGCCAAAACUUUUGGCACGUUUGCUAGGAUAUUUGUGUGCCAACAAAUUUGGGGAACCUUUCACAUGGGUUUGUUGAAAGGUAAAUACCGGUUGGAAAAUGACACUUGAUGUUAAGUCGGUUUUCUGUUUCCCUCCCUCUCUCCGAUGCUACGAAAUGGAGAACUGAGACUCAGUGUACAUUACAACAAAUUAUCACAUUUAUACUAUGAGUGUUUUAAACCAAGUUGUAAGUAUACAUAUAUUACAAAAAUGUAUUCACAUAAGUACAGAAUAAUUGUCAGCAAUUAAUGGCGGACUUACCUUUUUUUCUGAAACAUUUUACUUUGUUUUGUACGUUCAGUAAAUCAUGUAAAUGUUAGACUUACCUUCUUGAAUAUUUUUACUUUGUUUUGUACGGUCAGACCAGUGUGCACUUGUAUAUUUUUUAAAAUUUCGUGUAUUAUUUGCUCCUUUGACAUAGUCUUAAAUUAUUGGAGGUUCUUUGAAAGGUGAAAUACUAGUUAGAACCAGAACUGCAUUUGGCCUUUCUCUAAACGUCCCACCUACUGUGAUCUCUAACGUUUGUCUAUGAAGCCCUUAUAAAUUCAAGAGUCGCCAUAUGACCUAUAAUUGUGUCGGUGCGACGUUAAACCCAACAAAAUAAAAUAAAACUUAUAAAUUCAGACACUAUAAAUUUCUACAAUUGAUAAUGCGUCGAAAAUAAAAUACACCAUUUACUGGUAACCAGGAUGAUUGGUGAAAUCCAUCACUGUGUUGUGUAAAUAUACAGUCAAACACCUUUGAUCUUUCGAACAGUAUAGACAUAUAGGUCAGAUAUUGUUAUAGAAACGUGGCUUCGAAUAGGUUGAAACAAGUGUAGGGAAACCUGUAAGUCAAUGAGACAUAAGCUGACUGGAUAAAAAACAAAGUGUGUGUCAUCAGGUAAUACGAUGCUUUCUGUGAAAUUUGGAAUAUUUUACAUGUGUCUGGCUGAAUUCAUGACUUUUAAUUGUAACUUAACAAUAAAAGGUGUCAGCUGGCAUUUGACCUCUAUAUGGCAAUCAACCAUUAUGUGGGGAUAUGAGUGUUUGAUUGGUUAAGCCUAUAUAAUUCACUGGUGUCAGACAUGUUAUCUUAUUGAAAUACAUGUAACCACAUUUUAUCAUUCAUCUCUCAAUAUUGGGGUAUGUGACAGAGUCAUUUCUUAUAAUGGAAACCUAUAGAAAAAUCAAGAGCAGUGCCUGACAUAUAGUGUUUUCAUAUAUUUAUUUAUAGCCAAAGGUAUUACCUUAAAUUUAAUAUGUUAAAUCAAAUUCAAAAGAAAAACAAAUGUUAAGAAAAUCUGAGCAAUCAGUGAAAUUAUAAUUUACAUGUCAAUGUUAUCAAGAUGUUAACCUUAGAUGUAUGGUGUAAAUUCAGCAAAGAAAUGGGAUACGCUCCACAGAACAAAAACAACAAAAAACAAACAGACAGAGAAACAUUUUUCCAGGUGACUGCCAUGUUUUACUGGAUUAUAGUGUAUUGCAGUCCAAAUAACUUUCAAAGAAUUCUGUCAUCUCGAGUUUUCUAAUUGUGUUUUGUUCAGCGCAUGUCUACCAUAAACAUAUUCAUUCAAACAGAAUCUACAAUUAUUUUGCUUGGUUGCAUUAUUUGCGUGCAAAGAAUCUUCUUGCCGCACUCGGUCUGAAAAUGUGAAAAAGAACACAAUGUUCCAACAGAUUUGACUUUUUGUCUUGAUAAUACAAAACUGGUAAAAUGUCAUCAAGGAUCUACAUGCAGUUUUAUAAGAACUUUAAGAUAUUUUCACAUUUGUCGCUCUGUUUAUAAAUCGAACGAAUCCAUUUCAUUCGACGACGGCGACAAAAACGGGUUCGGUUCGGACGCUUUUCUUGUUCAACGUGUAUGCGAAGGCUUUGACUUAUUUAAUUGAGAUGUUUUUCAAUUUUCAAGUCAUUGCUUUAAAUACACUAAGAACCAAAUCAAAUAUCAAAAAUCAUAAAUUAAUAUAGUCAGUAUAAUAUCUGAAGAUAUAUAAUAUGCAUGGUAUUAAAAGUUCUAAGCUAAUUUCCACCUAAUUACGCUACUUUCGUCAUUUAAUUGUUACAUACAUAAUCUAUGACACAGUAAAACAAAUAUAUCUUAAAAAGCGGCUCAUAUCUUUAAGACUUGUAUACAUAUCGCAGAUGUACAUGAUUACUCAAGUAUAUCGUUUCACAAAAUAUGGGACAUAUUACAUAUACAUGUACAUUUUAAACACAAAAAUGGGAUUUGUUAAACAGAGUAUUAUAUUUUGUAUCUUGAUAAUUUUGUAUACCUACAUCUCGACGUUGCUGGAGCCAAAACUACCAGUGAAUGUGGAUGGAUAUGUUCACCCGGCAUUUAAACGAGUUGCGGAAGUGUUUAGGGAAAAUGUUGAACUCGACAGAAAUCCUGGCAUAGCAUUUGCAGUUUACCACCGGGGUGAAUUAUUAAUUGAUAUGUGGGGUGGUUAUGCCGACGUUGAGGCUCAGAGACCUUGGAGCCGUGACACAAUAGCGCUUGCGUAUUCGGUAUCUAAAGGUGUAGCAGCCAUUGUUGUAGCCAAAAUGGUUGAAAAAGGUCAUCUAGAUUAUGCCCGUCCAGUUGCCACAUAUUGGCCAGAAUUUGCACAACAGGAAAAAGGAAAUAUCACGGUUGAGAUGUUGCUUAGUCAUCAGGCAGGUCUAGUGACACUUGAUGAACCAGUACAUGUACGAGAUAUCAAAGACAAUCCAGAGAAGGUGGAUAGAAUAUUGGCACGACAGAAAACAUCUUGGCCAGCAGGUACCAAUUUCGGUUACCAUUCGUUAUCAUUUGGUCCAUAUGUAGACACAUUAGUGAAAAAGGCGGACCCUAAAGGUCGGGACAUAGUUCAAAUAUUCAAAGAUGAUAUUGCCGAUGUCUAUGAUCUUGACAUGUUCAUGAACACGCCGAAGCAUCAGUUUUAUCGUGCGGCACGAAUUUACCAAGACCCUCAAUGGAAGGUUUUGCUGAAGGCCUUAACGGUUCCUAAAUAUGCUAAACUUUUUACCAACUUCAUCUUGUUUCCGGGAUCUUUGUUUGCCAGAUCUACAAGAGCAGUGGCGGAAUUUUCAAAGUCUGUCUCUACUCACAAUGACCCAGAUCUACGCGAGGUGCCAGUUUCUUCUGUCUUCACUUCCGGCACUGCACGUGCUUAUGCUAAACUAUACGGGAUUUUAACUAAUGGAGGGACGGGCCUGCUUUCACAAAACACUAUUAAUAAACUAGGAACGCCUAUUGUGUCUGGUGUGGAUUCAGUUACCGGACUAAAUGGUUCUUGUAGCACAGGGAUGCAAAUAAUGGAGAAUCCAAAGGGACAGCCAGUGUUUGGACAUCCGGGUCACGGCGGUCAGAUUGCACUGGCGGAUGUAGACAAUGGUCUUGGUAUAGCAUUUCUUACUAACUUCAUAACAGUCUAUGCACAAGGUGACCAUCCACGAUAUUUGGCACUUGUCCAAGAACUUUAUAAUUGUUUGGACGAUUAUUUAAAGAGCAAACGAUAAAAGACUUGAAGCAGCAAGUGUAUAUCUAACAGAUGGAUGAAUAAUAUGUAUAUGUUAUAUAUAAGUUAUAUAUGUAGAUGGUUGAACACAAACUUUUCCACGAAAAUAUUGUAACUUCUUGCUUGUGUUUUUAUGUUGCUUUGGAUACGCGAAAACAGGUUUCUUGUAAUUUGAAAGGUAGUUUGGUUAGUGAGUGAUAAAGCACCAAGUUCUUUGAUGAGAAAGGCAAUAUGUUACCUCUCUGCAUGUGAAAGAGGUUAGCAGAGUAACUAUAUAAUAAAAUAUAUCAGCUGAUUCGAACAGAGCCAACAACAAUAAAGUUACUAGCUAUUUUUAAGGAUUUUUAUAAAAUAUUCAUGUAUAUUAUAAAAGAAUACAAUUCCUGUAAGCACUGAGCGCAGCAAUAACUGCCUGGGCCUGUCCCAGUAAACAUUUGACGUCGGUUAGACGUCGUAUUGACGUCGGACCCCGAGGUCACAUUAACAUUGGAUUUUGGUUGGAUUUGCAAACCGUUUAGACGUCGCAAUCCCGACGUUGGCUAGACGUCGCAAUCCGACCAUUUUCCAAACUAAAUCUAACCACUUUUCAACCAAAAUCUGACCAAAUUUUCAACGUUUUUUGCGAUCAAACAAGUAUAGAGAAUCAGAAUUGAAACUAUAUUUUAAGAGAUAUUGAUAAUUAAUUGUUUGAAUGUUAAUGAAAUUAGUUGCAUUUCCUGUACAAGAAUAUUGAUACUAAAUAGUAUUAGCCAUUGACACACCAGAUACAGUUGGUCAAGUUUUGCUCCUAGAAACAUAUCACAUGGAUAUUAUGUUAGGAGUUAAUGGCAAAACGUGAGUAAAUGUAAAUGUAUAUAAAAGCUGUAAACAUUGUAUAUGAUGUUUAAUGCUAAUAAAGUAUAUUGUAUUGUAUUGUAUAAGAGGCUGAUCGUGUAGAGCCUUAACGUUGUGUGACAGAACCUUGUUCUGUACCAUGUAUUUCACUGGUAAACAAAGGAGCUCCUUCAGUACCGGUGUUAUAUUAUUGCGACGGGGCGUCCUAGUGAUAACGCGAGCUGCUGUGUUCAUGACAUGUUUCACUUUAUCAAGUGUGCUGUUUGGAAUACUU